CAGUCGCUUUUGACGUCAUAUUGGUGACAGUGUAGUGAGUUCUAGCUUCACAGGUUCCAACCGUUUCCUAUCGUUCUUUGGAUGUAAACGCUUCUGGAUUUCAGUUCUUUCAACCUGAAUCCUGCCAGUGUCUGUCCUAAAUGGCCACUGAAAGUGAAAAACAAACAAGCGGAGACAGCAGAUGACUUUGCUGCGCAUGUGCAGUGACCCAAACGAAGAGGACAGGGGGUGGCCUAAGCGCGGAGAUUCCGCGCGUGCGCUCGGCUCGCUCGGUGCCACCGCAGCCGGGAGGCGAAGUGGAGUAUGUCAGCCCCGUUUGAGGAGCGCAGUGGGGUGGUUCCGUGCGGGACGCCGUGGGGCCAGUGGUACCAGACCUUGGAGGAGGUGUUCAUUGAAGUUCAGGUGCCGCCAGGCACUCGCGCCCAGGAUAUCCAGUGCGGCCUGCAGAGCCGGCAUGUGGCGCUGGCCGUGGGUGGCCGCGAGAUCCUCAAGGGCAAACUCUUUGAUUCUACAAUAGCUGAUGAAGGAACAUGGACUUUGGAGGAUAGAAAAAUGGUCCGUAUUGUUCUCACAAAGACAAAGAGAGAUGCAGCAAAUUGUUGGACUUCUCUUCUAGAAUCUGAAUAUGCAGCUGAUCCUUGGGUGCAAGACCAAAUGCAGAGAAAACUUACAUUAGAGAGAUUCCAAAAAGAAAAUCCUGGUUUUGACUUCAGUGGAGCAGAAAUCUCAGGAAACUACAGUAAAGGUGGACCAGAUUUCUCAAAUCUUGAGAAAUAAUCACAAUUUUCUUGCUGCAUUUUGUGGAUUCUAGCAGAUGUUGCCAGCUUAAUCAAAGGAAUAGAUUAUGUGAUGGAAGAAAACUGUGGAUGCCUACAGUUAACAAAUUGCAAAAUAUAUUUAAACAUGGCUCUAAUAAUUGCAUUCAAAUAUGAUUUACAUAGGAAACAUCUUAAAUAACUUGUGGGAACUCCAAUUGAUACACGGUAACUUUUUUUGACUUGUUUUUUGCUCAGCAUGAAGUUUUAUAUGCUGCAUUUUACUAAUUUCAUAUUUAACCUGUAUUUUUAAUAUGAAAAAAAUUAGGGUUUAGAUCAUGUGAAAUGACAGGGUGCCUUCAGGGAAAAUUAAGUUUUUCUUUCAAUAAGUGUGAUGCAGGAAUAAUGUUCAAUAAACUUUUCUAAAUAGGAAUUGUGUACCCCUUUGUCUAAGUGUACCAAUUCACACAAAGAACUUGUAUUAAUGAAAAAAUUUUUCAGAAAGGAAAAAAUAAUCUGCAAAUAUAUUCUGAGUAAUUUUAGGUUUUUUGUUUGUUUUGUUUUUUUUUGGUGGAGGCAGGUAAUUAGGUAUAUUUAUUUAUUUAUUCUUGGGGGAGGUACUGGCGAUACAACCAGGACCUCAUGCUUGCUAAGCAUGCACUCGACCACUUGAGCUAUACCUCCCCCCUGGUAUUCUGAGUAAUUUACCGAAAAACUUUUUUUAAAAAAUGUCUGAGUUAGCAUAUUAUUCCUUGAGGAAUGACUUUAUGUCAAGAAACUGAAAAAUACCUAACACUUGGAAUAGAUGAAUACAAAACAGAAGUGAUGAAGUGAAUGUGGUUAUUGGGUGAAUUCCUUGUUAGUGACAAAAAAUUACAGUCAAUGAUUAUGUCAGUGACAUCAUUUUGAUCUUUAGUGAUUUGGGCAUAUAGGUAAGAAUUAUCUUGAAAUUUUAUUUCAUCCUUCUUAUGUCCUUUUUAAUUUAAAUGUCUUAAACAAUCUGAAAUGUAUAUAGAAAAGUUACACAUAAAAGACACAGAAUUGUUUUCUUCCUGA